UACUGGCUUGGUGGCUGGCGGAGGCGGCGAGGGACACCGGGAGAUCCACCAGAGGACACGGGACCGUCCGUGCAAGGACCGACGCUUCACCCCCUCGCGUAAAGAUGCGGACGAAACGCGGCGUUGCGCGAGACACGUGAUGGCGGAGCCCGCAGAGGAGCGUGUGUAUCGCUGGAGGCAGGCGCUGCAGGAGGGCCUAGAGUACCAGCGCUCAGGGGUGCUCCCUCUGCUGGGCAGCCCUCGCUACUGCGCCGGGACCAACACAGCCAGCGGCUACUUGUGCCAGAGUGGACACUGCUGCGGCGAGUCCGGCUGCUGCUCCUACUACUACGAGCUCUGGUGGUUCUGGCUGCUGUGGAGUGUGUUGAUCCUGUUCAGCUGCGGCUGUGCCUACCACCACCGGCAAGCCAAGCAGCGACAGCAGCAGCAGCUGCAGCGCCAGAGGGACAUCAACCUGUCGGCCUACCAGCGCGCCCGCACCUACAGCGCCUCCAUGCUGGACCUCAGUUUCCUGGCCUCGCUGAAGCUGCCAUCCUAUGAGGAGGUAGCUGCCCAGCCUAGAACCCCACCCCCUCCGUACAGCUGUGUGGGCUACCCGCGGGGCACUGCCCACCUGCUGUCCUCCCAGAGCUCCGACAACUACACCAGCUGCUCCUGCGACUCCUGCUGUCAAUCGUCCCCCUACAGCUACACCCCCUCUACCAGCCACGCCUCCUCGCCCGGAGACAGCGACCCUGGCCCCGCCCCGCUGAGCCGUGAGGUCCUCGCCAUUGCACAGAGCCCCUCACCAAUCACCAGCCCGGACGCUGGGCCCGCCCACAGCCUCAUUGCAGCAGCAGAACCAGCCAAGACCACCAGUAGUACCCUCAGAAGCGCCAGCACCGCCGGUUCCCUCAGCAACCCCAGUAACCCCAGCAACACCAGUAACCCCAGCAACGCUAGUAACCCAGGGAACGGCAGUAACUCAGUUAGCAUCGUGAAGUCCAAGAGUAGCAGCAUUGAAGCUAGUGUCAGUGGCACACAGCAGCAAGCCAGCCUGAGCAGCAUUGGCAAUGCCAACUGCACCAUCAUCUUACACCCGCCCGGCGUUACGGUGGGUUUGAGCACAAACCAGCCCUCCUCUCCUCUCGCUCUGACCUCCCCUCCCUCUCUCUCCUCCCCUCCUCCCUUCCUGCCCUUCUCCGACCCACUCGAUGUAACCACUGGGCAAAUUCUGGAGAUGGCAAAAGGGGCGUGUCCGUUGGACGACAGCCCAGCCCAGUCUCCGCCCCUCAGGACAGCUCUGCUGGACCCGGGCAGGCGGGACUCGGCGACCUCCGACCCGGAAAUGGACCAGAGCCACUUCCAGCAGCGCCGACUGACAGGAGACUCCGGCAUUGAGGUGUGCCGCUGUCACAUCGACCCUGACGAGCAGGACAGCGUCAGCGCCCUGGACAACAGUCUCCACGAUGACGACAACUGCACAGCACGAGCCAAGGAGGUGGACCAGGCAGGGGGCAAAGAGGCAGGGCCUGAUCAGUGUGGCCACUCCCCCGGUGCGCCCAAAGACGCUGGGUCUGACAUGGUGGUGAUUGCCAUGGAAACAGUCUGACAAAAAGUAACAAGGAUUUAACAGGAAGGAGUCAGUUGGCAACCAAUGGCCGCUUAUUAGGAGUAGAAUGACCGGUUUAUGCUAAUCAGAAAUGUAACAGUCAAUCAAUGCCAAUCGGAAACAGAGAGGCUAAUCAGUGGCAAGCAUACUGUGUUCUAGACAGAGUGGUGACGAAUACUCUGAUUUGUACAAAAACCUAUCACAACCUAGCCUAAUGUUUUCCAUAUGGUAUGGCCAAUCAUGAUAAAGCUCCUGUGCUGCAUUGUGUGAGACCAAAUACAAUUAUGUAGUGCAGACCAGCCAAUCAAAGUCAAGCUCACUGUGUUCUUUAUAAGUUAAUCCAGACAAUGGCUAUCAAGAGCACCCAGUUGCAGCUGAGACUGCCAUGUUCUCCUCUUGCCACCUGUAAAACUGUGUUGCAUGCUGGGACAGAUGGACACACUAGAAAUGGUCUUAUAGCAGACUACUGGAGAGGAAGCAUGGGGCGAGCAAAUUUUAGUCGGGACUGUGCGAGGCCAAGCUUCUAACGAACAAUUACA